AUGACUGCAGUGAGCGGCAGGCGUUGGAAUAAACAGGCAAACGGGAGCCCCCUCCAUUCUCUGACCCUCCCCGGCGAGACAGAGGAGCGCGAGAGAGCGGGCCUCUCCUGGCCCCUCCAGAGAAGCCGCCGCCGCCGCCGGAGCCCCUUUCGCAGCAGCCCCGCCUGGAGUGGCGUUGCCUUACCAACGGCCUGGCGUAGGCGGCCGGGCGCGCGGCACAACCCGGAAGUUAUGCGGGGAAUGCAUUGGAGGGGGGACAGGAAGUGCCGGGGAACUGAGGUAAGGGAAGUGAGGUAAGGGAACCAAAGUUUUUUUGCUAUCUUCCGAAAAAAAAGGGGCUUCUUUUUUUGCGCUUCCCAGUAUUUGAGGAUUAUUAUCUCUUCGUCCCAAACCUAAAAUAUCUGAGGGCACGGGGGUGGGUUUAAAACACAUCUCCUCUCACAAAUGGCAACCCGCCAUGUUGGGCAUUGUUUCCUAUGGGGGUCCGGAGUGGUGCCGGUCUAGCAGUUGGCUUCUCUAUGGAGCAACAGCCCCCCUCUAAAAUGUGCUCAGGCUGUUAAGAGGGCGGGGUGUUUGUGUGUGUAUCGCGCGCGGAGGAUUCCAUUUUAUACCGGAAGUGACGCAGAAGGGCUGGUUCCCCCCCCUCUUUCUUCCGGAUUGCGCCUAAGUGUUUUGAGUUUUGUUGAGAGGUGGGUCCCUAUCGCUCUAGGCGCAGCUACGUUGAAAUUCCUUCGUAGUUUACACUGGGGAAUAAAGCGGAAAACCAGUUUAGUUUGACGUCGGAUGUGAUGUUAAGAGCUCCGUUGGCAUCGCAGCCCUUCAUGGUAUAACCACGGCUCCCCAGCCCGCCCAUCUGCAGUGCGGGGAUCAGAGCACUGGACUGCCUGGCAGUGCUCUCCUGAAACAUCACCCACCCACACAAGUACCCGCGAUGCGAGGAUAAUAUCAUUGCAGGGCUGUUGUAAGCCUCACUUUCAGCCACUUGGAAGAACUGGGAAUGUUAUUGGAGGGUGGGGUGUAAAUUCCUUAAAUAAAAUAAUUUAAGGAUGGAAGCAUUGGGCUGCACUGCAUUCUGAGCUUCUCAGCCACACACACUACUGCAAUAUAAAGAUGACAACAUUGCAGGGCAGAUGUAAGCCACAGGCUCUAAAAGCCUAGGGUAACGGGGCAAACAGGGCCACAUGGCUGUCACUUAGAGCCGCUCUCUCACACACAUGCCCAAAUGUUUAAAAAGGACAACCACAGGGCUACCUUGGAAUCCCCUCAUAAGAAUAUAAAAGUGGCCCGUCUAGCCCAUCAUCCUGUUCUCACUGUGGCCAUCUAGAUACCUCUGGAAAGCCGCCAAGCAGGAUCUGAAUGCAACAGCAACUCUCCCCACUUCUGACUCCCAGCAAAUGGUAUUCAAAAUCAGUGGCAUACUUUCUACAUGGUGGAGGCAGAACAUAGCCAUUGUAGCUGGCAGCUCAGCCAAAGCCACUGCCACCUCACCAUCAAUAUAGGGAUAAUAACUACGGGCUGUAUUUGCAUUUAUGGCGCAGUGUUUUAAAAAACUAAUGUUUCAUUCCUGCUACUACUCCCCCCGCCCUUCUUUUGUAUGAAUGGUUGGUUGAUUGAGUUCUUGGUUUAGGUUUGGGGCUCCUCAGUGCCCUCCUCCACCUUGAAAUUGCCCACUUGCUCUCAGCCUCUUGCAUCGGGGUCCAGUUCCCUUCGUGGCCCAGAGAAAGAUGGCAGAUAGUGAUCAAACCAUUGCAGUUGCUUUUCCUUCUGCUCGCUCCUAUUGCUUUGCUGCCCCCACUUUGGAAGUGAAUGGAUGGCAAUGGAAGCAGGAGCAGCAGGAACAGCAUUGUCCCCUCCCCUCAGGCACUGGCAGGUGCUAGAUGUUGCCAACUCCUGACUUCAGACCUUGGGAAGGGCGUGCUGUUCCCCUAUCACAACUGGGCUAAAAUCCUGCAUUUCUCUGUUCUUUCUGAAAUACAGCUGCUACUUUUAUUUUGCAGGAAAAGGGGGGAAUUUAGCAUCAAAACUAACUGGCAAGUCUCAUCUGACAAAUGAAUAAGCAGUCUACUGUUUUGUUCAGUCUGCGCUACAAGUGAGCAGAGCUAGCAUACAGGUCCAAAGCGGCAUUCCUCAGCUUCUUCCUUUUUUUAAGUAAAAAGCUUGUAUAUAAGGAAACAAGCUGGAAAGCUUUGAUUGUUCACAGAGGCCUGGUUUUUUGGGGGGCCGAGGGGGUGGUUUGCUGGAUCAGAAAUGGCAAGCUUAGGAUCACACCUUUAAAUUGUUUAUGUACAGUACACAAAUCAUGCAGGAAAAAUGGUUUUUGCUACUUUGGGCGCAGAAUGAAUUGAGUACACAGUACAUCUGAAACUGGUUUUAAGCUCAGUAUCCCAACAGUCUAGAUUUCCCCAACACUGCCACUCAGGAAACUUGGUAACCCGUAGGUCAGAAAGUCUUUACAUCAGAUCUCAGAUCAAUUCCUGAAGAUACCAGGGCGUUGUAGGCAAGCUGUCUCUCUCACUGCACUGACACUGUGACAUACCUUAUGAGUUUGUCAUAAGUGUUUCAACCCAGCUAAUGACACUGUUGUUGGAAUGGAAACAACAGAGCAAUCCUGUGUAUUGAAGGCGAUGGAAGCUGCCCCACAUUAUUUAACUUGUUUUCUUCUACAUAUAUAUUCUGUCAUUUCUCCAUCGUGGAACCUAAGGUGGCGUACAAGGGUUCCCCAUCCAGGCAGGAACCAACCAAAAGCUGCUUAUUUUCUGCAAGGUGCCUCGUGCUUUUGGACAAUACUUUUUAUCAUUGUACUUUUCACAUAUCAAAAGAAGCUGCCUUUGGUUUUCCUUUUGGAUUGAAAAGCAGGGCAGAAAUUAAUUCAAAAUUUUAAAAUAAAUAUACUUUUCAGGCAAGCCUUUAUAACAUAAAGCUGAUCUAAUGCCCACUUACCUGGGAACAAGGCCCAUUGAACCCAGUGGGACUUCUUUCUGGGAAUACAGAAAGAUUGUGCUUUAACAAGUAAAUAACUUAUUUAUGGGUAAGCCUGUGCAGAAGGAUUGCAGCCUUAUAUCAAUUUAUCUAUCUGUUAAUGGCAGCUGUCUUGUACUCAAAUGAAUUUUUUAAAUUGCUGCUAUCAUUUGAGUGUUACAUCAUAGUUGUUGCCCUUUCUUUCUUUCUUUCUUUCUUUCUUUCUUUUUUCUUUCAUCUUUGGGCUGCUAUUUUAUGAACAUUUACUUGACAGUCAUCCUCGUUGGACACAGUGGGACUCCCUUCUCAAGUAAGCAUGAUUAAGCCCCUUAAAUGGCAAACUACUUCGAAGCGGGAUAGGAUGAGACUCUUAAGACCAGGGUCGUGGGUUGGAGCCCCACGCUGGGCAAAAAGAUUCCUGCAUUGCAGGGGGGUGGCCUAGAUGACCCUCGUGGUCCCCAUGCUCCUAUGAAACGAGUCGUGCGUGCAUGUGGCUCAGAAGCUCCCUCUCCGUCCCCCUUCGAGCUUCUACUUUGGGGGGGGGCGGAGGGAGUCUCCUGCUUACCUAACUUUGAACUCGAGUCUAGGGGUGGAGGCCUUCCAGAAGUGGUUACCCCGCCCCGCUACUCCCACCACCCCUGACCAUUGGCCCUGCUGGCCGGCGGGGUUGAUGGGAGUUUGCAGGCAAACGACCUGUGCGGAGUCCCAGGUUCCCCCAUCUCCGCCUUUGCGGGUGGGCUGGGGGCUCCCGCUUUGUGCGCUAGUUCCUUGACGUGGCAGGCAAGCCAGCCUUUGCUGCCCUUUUGCCCCUUCUGUUCCGCGGGCACCGCAGGAUGUGUGUCUACUGAUGGUUUGUUUUUAUGAAUGGGCCUCGCGCUCUCGGGGGAAGGAGCGCCCAUUCAUGCCUUUCUGCCUCGAUCCAGGCGGCGUUAGGACCCGCGCGGCGGGCGGCGAGGAGGAGGAGGCGGCGGCGGCGGAGGCUGCUUGGCCGGAUCGGGCGAGGCGGCUCCUUCCGAGGUGAUCCUGAUCCGGCUCUUCGCUCGCUGCAGGCCCGGCAGCAGGAGAAGGAGGAGGGAGAAGGAGAAGGAGGAAGAGGAGAGGAGAUGCCGAGCAAGAAGAAGAAGUACAAUGCGCGCUUUCCUCCGGUGAGAUCCCCCGCGGCUGCCCUCCCCCCGCCUGCCUUACCCCGGGGUAGAGCUUGCACCAAAGCCCGGCCCGCAGCAGCGGAGCCCCUCUUGCCCCGGAGGAAGGGAGCAAAAAGUGCCGGGGCUGCUUCCUGGACUGCCACCCUCCUCCCCACCCCACCCCGGCCGCUGCAGAAUCCCCAGAGAGUUUGAGGCUGCGAUCUUAAGCCCGCUGAAGCUGGGGAGGGGGGACCCCAUUGAAACUGCUGAGUAGACACGGCUAGGGUGGCUGCCUAAAUAAAUUAAUCAAGGCGGCAAAUGAAUUACUUCCCUUUUACUUGCCCCCCCCGUACCUCCCGUAUGCUUCAAGCAAGAUGUGGAAAGGGGGGUGGUGAGGGAAAAGAAAGCAGGUAAUACAGACCCCUCCCUAAAAGACACUCGUGCCUGCUUGCCUAUAGAAGUCUUAAGAACCCCUUAUUUUUGCUGUUUAUUAGAAUAGACCUGGUAUGGGGAAGCUUUGGCCUUCCAGAUGUUGCUGAACUACAACUCCCAUCACCCCCUGGCCAUUGGCUGCUGGGAGUCAUAAUUCUGCAACAUCUGGAAGGCCAAAAGUUCCCCACUCCUGGAAUAGACACACAAGCCUGCCUCCCCCACCCCCACUGCCUUCCUGCUCCAGGGAAUAAAAUGUAACCCCGAACACACAGGCAACUGAUCCCUCCGCACAGAAGAGAAAACCCAUAGGAGAGGUUUUCUGCUUUAGCAAUUCAGUGAGUGUAGCCCGUUUUCCAAUAAAAUACAAAACAAAAUCCUCCUUCGAAUAAGCUUGAUGCACCUCCAGAUUUUGCUUGAUUGCAGUUCUCAUCGGCCAGAGCCAGUGUGGUCCCUUGUCACUUGUCAGGGAUGACGGAAGGUGUCGUGCAACAACAACUGAACAGGAACUGGUUCCCUGACCUGAUAGACAAACCCCCUCGCCAAUGGAAAUUGGCUUUUGUAGCCCCUGUGGAAGAUGUGCCCUCUGCUCUCUGUGGCCUUUGCAAGAUACAAUCUGGCUCCUGAGGAAUCCAUGACCCUCCAGAAGUUGUUGGGACUACAACUCCCAUCAUCCCUGAACAUUGACCAUGUUGGCUGGGGCUGAUGGGAGUUGGAGUCUGCCCACAUCUGCAUGGCCACUAGUUCCAGAACUGUUGUUGGACUGCAGCCCCCAUUGGCCCCUGCCAGCAUGGUCAGUGGUCCAGCAACACCUGGAGGGAAGCAGGUUUCCCUCUCCUGGCAUGGAAUAGGUCUGAGUUUAUUUCCUCUGCUAUUUGCUAAUGUUGAUUGUUGGGUCCUGGGCCAACCUGAGGUCUUAUAGUAAGGCUUCUUGGUGGGUGCCUCUUUUGUAGAAGGGCUUUCUGAAGAGGGGGUGCAUUUUCUUUUCUCUGUCCAAAGUGCUGCUGCUGGACAAUUUUGGUGGAAAACCUGGGUUCCUGUGUUUGGAGCAAGACAGAUUAUUUUUGUCUCUUUGCACCUUUCAUCAUUUUAUAAAACCUCUUCUCCUUCCUUCCUUCCUUCCUUCCUUCCUUCCUUCCUUCCUUCCUUCUUUCCUUGGUCCCAAAAACCUUUUUGUGAUUGAGUGAUCAAGAGACUGCUGAUCACCCACAUGUAUUCCAAGCAUGGAUGGACUCAUGAUACAUUUGUAUAGGACAUUAUUACAACAUUGGCUGUUUUAUCUUUUCACUGCCUUUUGGGACAGUGUUUAUUAUUAUUAUUAUUGUUAUUGGCGGUUCACAACUUAAAAUUGCAAUAUAAAAAACACAAAAUACAUAAUAAGAACAUGAAUAUGAUUAUGUAUUUUAAUUUUAAUUUUUACUUUAUUCUGCUUUGUCAUUUGAAAAACAAUUUGGUUUAAUUUUCCUAGCUGAAUGUAAGAUUUUAUAUUUCAAUUAAUUUUUUUAAUUAAAUUAAAAUUUUAAAAAUCUGGAGGGACACAUGUGAGCCUCUCCUGGAACAUGUCCUGCUAUCCUUUGACUUGUACAAGCAUGAGAGUUGUAAAACCCAUGAGAUUUACUUUGGAGCACAAAUGCAUAGGAUUGGGCUUUCCUUAGGGUUGAGAAGCGCGUGACUUUGCAGGUGUUGGUAAAUUCCAACUCCCAUCAAUCCUCUUCCUCUGUCUGAAAUUUCAGGCCGGCCAGCGUCUUUCCCAUCAGUUGCUGCCUGAUCCUUUUUAACUGGAGGUUAUGGGGUUUACCUGGAGAUCUGGGACCUUCUUCAUGUAAAGCAUGUGUUCUUGCACCCUAAAACAGAAACAAGACUCCUGCCCUCAUGAUUCUGGAUAAACAGCUAAUUCACAUAGGAAACUGCCUUAGACAUGCACACUUCAGCUUAUACCCAGAACAAAUUUAGUUGGUCUCUAAGGUGCUAUUGGACAAUUUAUUAAUUUAUUAAUUUAUUUCGACUGCGUCAGACCAACACGGCUACCUGCCUGAAUCUGCCUUAGACAGAGUCAGACCACCAGUCCACCUAGCCCAGUAUAAACCAGAGAUGGGGAACCUCAUGCUGGGGAGCAGAUGGGGCUCUCUAAGAUGUUCAGCCGGGACCUUGGGACUCUCAGUUGACAGUAUCUGCUCCCCAGGCCACACCCCAUACUGGCCUCCCUCCCUUCCUUCCCUGAGUGUUUUGUCUUGGCUCGGCUGAGAAAUGUCCUUGACUGAGAUAAGGCCUCUUGCUAGCCUGGGUGGAGAGUGCGUUGUGUGUGUGAAUUUGGCAUGUCGGAAUGCAGCCUGCUCCACAAAGGCAGGAGUUCUAUCUGCUUUUUGCCUCUGGUCCUCCCCCUUCCAGAAACUUGUCCACAAGGGAUUCUGGCCUUCUGCCUAAAAAGCAUUCCUCACUCCUGGUCUACACUGAUCUGGAGAUGCUGAAGACUUGAGUUUGCAUGCAAAUCCUGUGUUCUGGCACUGAACUAUGGGUCUCUCCACCCAACCCCUGUGAAGCUAGGCUGGGCAUUUCCACUUCAAGCAUCGCAAUGCCCCAGGUGCCCCACUCUCUUGCCCAGCAGUGGAUCCUAGCCUUUCUUGACUCUGGCAGACAAGGGUGCCUGAGGGCUGUCCUUCAGCAAGCCCAGCAGCACAGUCCUUCCUGCCAACCCAUGGGACAACCUGGGUGCGAUGCUGAAAAGCUAGCUUCCCGAGAGCAGUGUGUCUUUUUACCCAAGUUGGUUGUUCACUGGCAGCUCCCUGCUGCACCCCAGGUGCCAAGGCAGAGUUCAGGGGAAGGCUUUAGUGCAGGGCCGGGGAAAUCCAUGGCCGCCCCAGCUCCCAUCAGUCUAGAGGGCAAUAGGUUCCCCUUCCCUGGUUUAGUGCUUAGGAGAGAUGCUGAGCCUUGGUCACCCAGUCCAAGUCACUUAAUAGUAUUCGGGGGGGGGAUGCACUCUGCAUGUGCUUAGAGGAGCCCUUAGAGGUUUUGUUGUUGAGUUGUUUUUUUACUCUGUGGGCUACAGAGUUGGACCAUUGGGCUUCCAAAAUAGAUGAUCCCCUGGGCUGAGGUUGAGUUCCAGGAUUACCUCUUCAAUUUCUAAAGUGUUUCCUAGUGUUUGUUUCUAGGACCACCUAAUGAGUGGUUGUUCCACCUAAGCAGAAAGCCUCCAGUUCAGACGUCACCUCUGCAGUAAUUAUAACCAGCACCUUGAACUAGACUUGGGAGCUAGCUGGCAAACCGGUGGCACUGAUGCCCUCUGUCGUUUACCCCUGUUGGGAAGUGAGGCACCACCACUGUGGCCAUGCGCACACAUCACAUUUGAAGCACAUGGCUUCCUCCAAGGAAUCCUGGGAACUAUAGAUUACUCUAAACUCAGCUACAGUUCCCGGAACCCUUAAUAAAUUACAGAUACUUUGGGGGGGGGUGUCAUGUGCUUUAAAUGGAUGGCAUGCACACAGCCGCAUUCCCUUGUUAAUAGGGGUGAAGUACAGUGUGUCAAAUUUGGUCUUCCAGCUAGUUUCCAAGGCGCCAGUUCAAGGCCCUGGUUAUUAUCGAGUGGUUGGAGGUGGGGGUUGUAUUCUGUGAUUCCACAGGCAUGUAAAAUGUGGUGACUACCAGGGAUGUGAUUCAGCUUUGUGACCAGCCAAGUUGAAUUUUUUCAAACUCAGGAAACAAAAUUUCUAGAUCUUACAGGCUGUUUGGCUAAGUCCAGCUGAAAUCUGAGAAGCCAGGGUUCCGUUUUAAUACCCUCUUCCAUUCUCCAUGUUUUGUUUUUAAAAAGGCUCGAAUCAAGAAGAUAAUGCAGACUGACGAGGAGAUUGGCAAGGUGGCGGCGGCUGUUCCUGUGAUUAUCUGUAUCCUUUUCGUCACAUCGCCUGGAUCCGCCCGCCCGCCAAGCCUUGGGGAGAAGUGCAAGGAGGCCAAGUGGGGGAAUGUGUCUCGCCCCAAGGAGAUGGCUUGAGGAACCUGUAGGAAUUCGAUUCCGACCAAACAAAGCCUCCUACAUAUAUUUUGCUCUAGGAGGCAUAGUUUGGUCAGAAUAGUGCAUGGGUAGGCAAACUAAGGCCCUGGGGCCUAAUCCGGCCCAAUCAUCUUCUAAAUCUGGCCCGGGAAUCAGUGUGUUUUUACAUGGGUAGAAUGUGUCCUUUUAUUUAAAAUGCAUCUCUGGGUUAUUUGUGGAGCAUAGGAAUUCGUUCAUUUUUUUUUUUUUCAAAAUAUAGUCCGGCCCCCUGCUGAAAAAGUUUGCUGAGCCCUGGAAUAGUGAAUACACUUCCAGAGCUAACACUGAAUAAAUUACUUCUGGUAAAUGAGCCACCAUUGCCCCUAGAGGGCUGUGAAAAUUUGCGUCCCAGGCAUUUUAGACACGUCUACUCAUGUACUAUCUAAAACCAAAGGGGCAUAUUGGAUGCAAUAUGUGAAUUUUUUUUCCAGCAGGGACCUGCUGCUAGUCAGCCCCAGGCAGGAUGGCCCAUGCUCAGGGAUGAGGAUGAAGCUGUUGUCCCACUAUAUUUGGGGGGCCUGACAAGUUCCCUAGGACUGGAUGGGCAAAUCUGACCUCAGGCAGCCUCCUGUGUGAAGCUUUGCACUCUCUGCACAUUGUCAGGGGGUUGGGGGGGUGGCUCCCUUCACAGCAUCCCUUAACUGUAGGUCUCCCCAAGCUCGGGCGCUGGAGCUCUUUCUAGAAUCGCUACUGAAGAAGGCCUGUCACGUGACGCAGUCCAGGAACGCCAAGACCAUGACCACAUCGCACUUGUGAGUACCGGCUGCACAUCAAGGUGCAGGGGCAGAGCCAGUCAUGAAAGGGGGGCGGUUUUUAAUCCCGUUUUGGAAAUGUGUAUAUUCCUUGUGGCAAGGAGUUCCCCAGUUCAGCUUUCCUCAAAGUAAGCACAGGCAUUGGCUGUGGAAGUAUUGCAGUUCAGCCUCCCCGUAUCAGGCAGAAUUUGUUGAGCUUCAAGUGCUUUGGCUUGAAGUGCAGAAAGUGUUUUUAUUUUAAACUGUUUAUUUCCCCCAACCAUGCCUCUCAAAAGUAUUUUUUACUUACUUACCUCCUGUUAUUUCGUCUUUUUCUUUCAUACAUGUAUCUAAUUCCCCCCUCCAAACUUCCCAGUUUCUCUCAUUCCUUCUGCCCACUCCUUUUACACUCACUUCUUCCUUCUGCAGCAGCUUUAGACUGUUAUCAUAUUCCUUUUUGUUUCAUUUACUUUAAAAAAAUAACUUUCUUUCUUUCUGAUUUCCUUCAGUACCUCCUCUGGCUUCUUCCUUUCAGAGGAGUGAGACCUUCCUUCCCUCCCCUGCCUCUUUCUCUUUCUCUUUAUUUCUCUUUCCCACCCACCUUUACCAAGCAUACAGGUUUGCUGGCAUUGCUCCUCCCAAAAGUCAGAGGCCACAAUGGAAGAGUGAGGAAGCACUGUGUGAGCUGUGGCCCUGAAGCACCCUUGAAAGUAGACUUAAGACCCACUGGUGGUCCCUGGCCCAUUGGAGAAACAUCAACAGUCCCACUAAGUUGAAGGCAGCUAGCUGCCUGCCUUCGCAAAUCUAGUAACCUUUAUUUGAAACCAUGAGGGCUAGAAACUUGUCUCCCCGUCCCCCUGAUUUUAAAGAGAAGUUUUGUCACUGCAUCAGCUGUGUCUGGAUUUCCCAUCUAAGCCUGUCAUCUGGUUUUGCAGGAAACAAUGCAUAGAGCUGGAGCAACAGUUUGACUUCCUGAAGGACCUUGUUGCCUCUGUGCCAGAUAUGCAAGGAGACACGGAGGAUAACCUCAUGGAGGGGGAGAAAGUUUCCAGGAGGUAGGAAGGGAGGGGAAGCCCCCGUAGCAUAAGGUCCCAGGUUCGAUCCCCGAUUGCAUCUCUCCACUUUCCCAAAAAUGGCCAUUUGGCAGGAGAUGGCUAAGAUCCUUCUCAGCCUCAGACCCUGGACAGCCUCUGCAAGACAGAGUAGACAGUACGGGGCUAGAUGGAUGAAUAAUCUGAUCUGGCCUAAGAUAACCUCCUUCAUAAUGGGUGGGAUGGGAGACACUGGAGGAAGUUCUGUCCCUCUCCCCUAAUCUGAUCUUUGCUAAAGGGGGGAGAUGGGGAGGUUUUUCCCAUAAUAUGAAUACUUGCUUGCUUCUGCUUCAGGAACCUUUGCAACCAUCCUGCAAGUUGGCUAGUAUUGUCCUUGUUAAAUUGUGAGUGGGAGGCUGAGGAUGGGGAAUUGGAGGCCCUCCAGAUAUUGUUGAGCUCAAACUCCCAUCAACCCCCCAACCAGGGAUGGCGGGAGAUUAAGUAAACACACCUCCAGAGGACCGCAGCUUCCCCAGCCUUGUCAAGAGACCAGUCCGGCUGAGCUAAGACUAGAACCAGGAAUUUCAGCUCUCAGUGACUACACAUGACAUGUGUUGGGCCGUAGCCAGGGGGUAAAGCAUCAGUUUCUGAGCCGCUGUUUGUGUCUGCCUGGUGAAAGUGGAGACUUUUCCUGGGGAGGCUUGCUUUAGGUGUAUUUAAUUAUAUGAAUCACUCCCCCAGCAAAAGUCCCUGAAGCAAUUUACAGGACGAGUGAGGUGCAGUAAUGAAUAAAAAUGCAUCAUUAUAUUCAAAAUGUAGUCAAAGCAAGAAACAACAACACAUCCCAUCAUUGGUGCUGCCCAAAUGACCAGGAAAACAAAAAUGUCUUGGCCUGGCAAGGUUGGUGCCAGGCAGACCUCCUUGGGGAGAGCUUGCUAGAGGUGCGGAGCUACCACAGAAAAGGCCCCUUUCUCUUCUCGCCACUCUCUGGAACUCCUUCAAAGGUGGGAUGCAGAGAAGGGCAAUGGGGGACAUGAUCUCAGGGUUCAGGAGGUUUAUAUAGUGGAAGGCAGCCUUUAGAGAUAGGGGUCCUGAGCUUUGCAAGGCGGUAAAGGUCAAAGCCAGCAAUUGAGCCCCGGUUUCCAAAUGGUAUUCAGGGGCAGCCCCAUGACAACGCAUUGCAUAGCCUAACCUGGAGGCCUCUUCCGCACACCUGUCUCCACUUUCUUUUCCUCUCUGGUUCAGGGGCCGGAAACCUGGCACUGGGCGAAAGAACGGCGGCCCAGGCAAAGGACGGGAUCCGAAGCAGUCGGGCACAGACUCGGAGCAAGAGGUGGGCUGGCGUGGUUUUGAGUGUCUUCAGAAACUGAAACCCUCUUCUAAUUGCAGUCCAGAAACACUUUUUAAAAAGUUAAUUAAUCAUCUGACCCUGUUUUUCCUCCUCCUUUCUCUUUCUUUUCUCAUCCCGCCUCCCUCCCUCCUUUAAAUGAAAUCCUGAACAACCAUAGAAAAAUGCGGGCCGUAUGGGCGCCCGCAGGAAUUUUUCCGGGUGGAGUAAGCCACAGAGAGGACGAAGCAGGUCAUCCAGGGAGGGGGAUCAACUGUAUCGUCAUCCCCCUUGGUGGAUGCCCAUGUACAGUCUCUUGACCCACUUUCGGUUUCUGUUUGUGUGAACAGAAACCCAAAGCGGCUGCUGUUCAUCUUCCUUCCCCCUGGUGGUUUUGCUUGGAAAAACCACCCUCUUGCUUCGGCCCCUUCCCUUUCUGCUAUCUAUAGAUGGUUAACUUUUUUGGAGCCACCCUUGCCUCAUCUCAGCGGUGAUUCUUCACAGGGGGGUGAAGUUGUGGCCUCCCCCCGCUUGCCACUGUGCUCACGGCCCGUAUGCUUCCCUUCUGGGCCUGCCAGGCCGCACUGCCCAGGAGGCGGCAGCAAGGCAGGCAGGCAGGGACUGUUGUGCUGAGGCCUCCCUGCUCACUCACACUUGGGAUGGGCAGCUGAGCAGGCCACAACCGCAAGGAGCGAGCUGAGCAUAGCCAGGGGGCUCAGUGGGUGGGCAGUGAGGCCUUGGCAAGUGCCCCACAAUGCCAUGCCCCGAUUCCAGCCCAACUUCAUCGGACAUACACAGUUUAUUCCUCAAUAUUCCACCCUCUUUUCUUAUGUUGUUUUAGACUGUCCAGCCUCCAAGCAGUGGGCUGAGGCAGUGAUGUUGGUUGUAUCCCAGGAGUGGGGAGCCUUUUUUCAGCCUAAGGGCCGCAUUCCUUUCUAGGCAGCCUCCCUGGGGCCACAUCCAGCAAUGGAGGUGAAUCUUCCCUUUGUACAGUAGGCUAGUUUGCCUGCGCACAUACAAACCCCUCUCCCCUCCUUCCAAGCAAGCAAGAGGCGUCCGGGUGUGGCCGGGGGGGAGGGUCCUGAGGGCUGGAUGGAGAGGCUUAGGGGGGCCACGCUUGGCCCACAAGUCUCAGGUUCCCCGCUCCUGUUGUGUUCAGUGCACUGUCCCUGCACAGCAGUGUGAAUCGGGUCUGCUGGGCUGGAAGCAGCCCAGGAAACACAUUUCAGCUGCCUGCCUAGAAGGGCAAAAGAUGUGGCUGCAGGAUCCAACUAGCUUGGCUGCUCCGAGUAAAUGAUAGGCUGGCAUCAAGAGCAUAGCAUCGUUCCGUGGUGACCCUUUUUUUCUCCGGCCUGUGCAGGACGACUCUGAAGACAGCGAGAGCAACGGGGAGGAGGAAGUGUCCCACAUCGCCCCUCCUCCUGUGCGACCUGCCACACAUCUCUCCACGUAAUAUUUUCAGUGUGCUCCUGCUUAUUGCAUUUGGCCAGCAGUGUGUCAGGAAUUGUGGUUGGGAGCUCUGCCCUUUUAGCCGUCAAGCUGGGAUUCAAGUGCUGUUGUCGGCUGCCUCAAAACUGUUGACGUCUGUGUGUUUUGGGGGCAGGGACCGGAUGCCACUUUGCUAUGGCCCCUUUCAAUCCUGGCACCAGCCUUGGCUUAAAGUCUAGGCUGCUGUUAUUUGUUCUCCUCACCAAAGAAACCCUGAUCUGUUUCUGAGCCUAGAGGGGACAGGGACGACUUGCAGCCUUCCAGAUAUUCCUGGGCUCCCGACUCAGUCCUAACAAGCAUGGCAAAUGGUUGUGAGUGCUGGGAGUUGUAGUCCAACAGCGCCUGGAGGGCCACAGGCACACACCCCAGGCCUGGAAAAGAUCUUCACCACCCCCAAUCUAUAGAAAAAGUGCCUUGGCCUGCACACUAAUCCGACCCCCUUUUUCUCCCCCUGCAGUGCUCCAACACCGUAUCUACAUUUCACUUCCCCGCCGGUUCCCGCAAUACCUCUGCCUGUCGCUGCACCAAUGGGGACGGUGCCAGUUGCGCCCCCACCUGCGCCGCUUGCGCCAGCCCAGGAAGACGAGGAGGAUUAUGACUCCUAGCCCUAGUUCUGUUUUUUUGCUGUUGCCACUUUGGGGAGGGGUGGGGGGGAGGGGAGGGACAGAACAGGGUUUGAACGGGGCUGUUCUUAAAUUUAUUAAAAAACAUGAAACUGUG